GUUGCACGACGGGAAAUGCUUUGAAUACUUACGACAUGGCCGCUCACACUGAUUGCCAAGAUUGACAGCACUAACCAUCGCCUUCACUUGUUUCAGGGGGGAAGCCCCUAGUCACCCAGUCCGAGCGCACCUCCUGGCACCCAGGCGGCAAACUUCUGCCGCUCAGCGCUCCCCCCCGCCCGGGGCGGGACACCCCCGCAGACUUGAGUUAACGGGCUGCGCCGGCCGCGGGCGCUGGGGGGUUCUUCUCCCUUGCUCCCUGGGCUGUGCCCAUUGACCUAGCAUCGACUCCCUUUCCUUAAAAAAUUUUUUUUAUUUGUAUCUUUUCCUUUUUCUUUAAUGCCAUUUACUCCCGCGGCGCAGCGCACAAGGAGCCCUCCCGAGCGGUACCAUCCUGGAGCCCGCCCAGGUCAUUUUCAUGAAUUCAAAGGCAAUUUACCAGUGAUUUCUGGGUGCUGGGGCUGAUUUUUGUGCAUAUUUGUAAAAUGUCUUCCAAGCAAGCCACCUCUCCAUUUGCCUGCGCAGCAGAUGGAGAGGAAGCGAUGACCCAGGAUUUAACCUCAAGGGAAAAGGAAGAGGGCAGUGAUCAACACAUGGCCUCCCAUCUGCCUCUGCACCCCAUAAUGCACAACAAACCUCACUCUGAGGAGCUACCAACACUUGUCAAUACCAUUCAACAAGAUGCUGACUGGGACAGUGUUCUGUCAUCUCAGCAAAGAAUGGAAUCAGAGAAUAAUAAGUUAUGUUCCCUAUAUUCCUUCCGAAAUACCUCUACCUCACCACAUAAGCCUGACGAAGGGAGUCGGGACCGCGAGAUAAUGACCAGUGUUACUUUUGGAACCCCAGAGCGCCGCAAAGGGAGCCUUGCUGAUGUGGUGGACACGCUGAAACAGAAGAAGCUGGAGGAGAUGACUCGGACUGAACAAGAGGAUUCCUCUUGCAUGGAAAAGCUACUUUCAAAAGAUUGGAAGGAAAAAAUGGAAAGAUUAAAUACCAGUGAACUUCUUGGAGAAAUUAAAGGUACACCUGAGAGCCUGGCAGAAAAAGAACGGCAGCUCUCCACUAUGAUUACCCAGCUGAUCAGCUUACGGGAGCAGCUCCUGGCAGCGCACGAUGAACAGAAAAAACUGGCAGCCUCACAAAUUGAGAAACAACGCCAGCAAAUGGACCUUGCUCGCCAACAGCAAGAACAGAUUGCAAGACAACAGCAGCAACUUCUGCAACAGCAGCACAAAAUUAAUCUCCUGCAGCAACAGAUCCAGCAGGUUCAGGGUCACAUGCCUCCGCUCAUGAUCCCAAUUUUUCCACAUGACCAGCGGACCCUGGCAGCAGCUGCUGCUGCCCAACAGGGAUUCCUCUUCCCCCCUGGAAUAACAUACAAACCAGGUGAUAACUACCCUGUACAGUUCAUUCCAUCAACAAUGGCAGCUGCUGCUGCUUCUGGACUCAGCCCUUUACAGCUCCAGAAGGGUCAUGUCUCCCACCCACAAAUUAGCCCAAGACUAAAGGGCCUAAGUGACCGUUUUGGCAGGAAUUUGGACACCUUUGAACAUGGUGGUGGCCACUCUUACAACCACAAACAGAUUGAGCAGCUCUACGCAGCUCAGCUGGCCAGCAUGCAGGUGUCACCUGGAGCAAAGAUGCCAUCAACUCCGCAGCCACCAAACACAGCAGGGACAGUCUCACCUACUGGGAUAAAAAAUGAAAAGAGAGGGACCAGCCCUGUAACUCAAGUUAAGGAUGAAGCAGCAGCACAGCCUCUGAAUCUCUCAUCCCGACCCAAGACAGCAGAGCCUGUAAAGUCCCCAACGUCUCCCACCCAGAGCCUCUUCCCAGCCAGCAAAACCAGCCCUGUCAAUCUGCCAAACAAAAGCAGCAUCCCUAGCCCCAUUGGAGGAAGCCUGGGAAGAGGAUCCUCUUUAGAUAUCCUGUCCAGUCUCAACUCCCCUGCCCUGUUUGGGGAUCAGGAUACAGUGAUGAAAGCCAUUCAGGAGGCUCGGAAGAUGCGAGAACAGAUCCAGCGGGAGCAACAGCAGCAACAGCCACAUGGUGUUGAUGGGAAACUGUCCUCCAUGAAUAAUAUGGGGCUGAACAACUGCAGGAAUGAAAAGGAAAGAACACGCUUUGAGAAUUUGGGGCCCCAGUUAACAGGCAAGUCAAGUGAAGACGGAAAGCUGGGCCCAGGUGUCAUCGAUCUUACUCGGCCAGAAGACGCAGAGGGAAGUAAAGCAAUGAAUGGCUCUGCAGCUAAACUACAGCAGUAUUAUUGUUGGCCAACAGGAGGUGCCACGGUGGCUGAAGCACGCGUCUACAGGGAUGCCCGCGGCCGUGCCAGCAGUGAGCCACACAUCAAGCGACCAAUGAAUGCAUUCAUGGUUUGGGCGAAGGAUGAGAGGAGGAAAAUCCUUCAGGCCUUCCCUGACAUGCAUAACUCCAACAUUAGCAAAAUCUUAGGAUCUCGCUGGAAAUCCAUGUCCAACCAGGAGAAGCAACCUUAUUAUGAAGAGCAGGCCCGGCUAAGCAAGAUCCACUUAGAGAAAUACCCAAACUAUAAAUACAAACCCCGACCGAAACGCACCUGCAUUGUUGAUGGCAAAAAGCUCCGGAUUGGGGAGUAUAAGCAACUGAUGAGGUCUCGGAGGCAGGAGAUGAGGCAGUUCUUUACUGUGGGGCAACAGCCUCAGAUUCCAAUCACCACAGGAACAGGUGUUGUGUAUCCUGGUGCUAUCACUAUGGCAACUACCACACCAUCGCCUCAGAUGACAUCUGACUGCUCUAGCACCUCAGCCAGCCCAGAGCCCAGCCUCCCUGUUAUCCAGAGCACUUAUGGUAUGAAGACAGAUGGCGGAAGCCUAGCUGGAAAUGAAAUGAUUAAUGGAGAGGAUGAAAUGGAAAUGUAUGACGACUAUGAAGAUGACCCCAAAUCAGACUACAGCAGUGACAAUGAGGCCCCGGAGGCUGUCAGUGCCAACUGAGGAGUUUUGUUUGCUGAAUUCAAAUACUCUGACAUUUCACCCCACCCCCAACAAAAAGUUCUUAAAGAGCCCGCAUGCAUUUGUGGCUCCACAAUUACAUCAGCAGAAUGGUCUUAAUUGUUUCAUAAAGUGUGAGACAGAUUAAGUUUUCUCUGAUUUUUUUUCAUGAACUUGAGUUUUGUUUUUUUCUUUUUUGUCAUUGUUGUUGUUGUUGUUGUUUUAAUUUAGGUGAAGACAUAUUAAAUAUGAGACACCAGGACUUGAAAACUUAUCUCAACCCAUAGCUGUCUUACAAGUCUUAUAUUUUUGUCUUACUUUUUUUUUCCUUUGGAUGUGGAUAAAGGUUUAAGUUACUGUUUUAGAUGGGGUUAUACAUUCUCACUCAGGUAUGCUGUGCCGGCCUACAGGUUGUGAAUGUGUUUUUAUUCUGAAUUAUUUUAGAAAACAACUGAGGAUUUCAUAUUGUAAAACACAACAAGUCCACAGCAUGUGCAGCUUCAUGUAGAGCAUAUUCAAAAGGCCUCGGAAUUCCAUUUCCCCAUGUGUAGAGUUAAACUUUGAAUGUGCCAAACUUUUCGUAACUUUUGAAUCUUAAUAUUUUGAAAGUCUUAAAGAAGACACUGCAAAGUCUUAGACAAUCUUUGGCAUCUUAAAAUAAAAUAGCAAACCAACUUUUUUUUUUUCCAGAAAAUGGUAAAGUACUCAGGAAUCUGGAGACAAGAUAUUGUAAGGAACGAACAAGGUUGCCACAGUGCAUGUACCCAAUUGUGCAUGUACCCAAUUGUGUUUGCCUCUUGACGUGCCAUCAGUGUGUGAAAUAGUAUGACGGACACACACUGGAGCGGUCACCACGCCAGAUACUGACAUGGUGGUGGUCUCUGCCUGAGGCCACCUCUCACUACAUCCAUGAUCCCUUUGCCUUUAACCCUGACAUUCAGUCUUAACACAUUUUCUCUUAAAUAAUUUAUUCAUUCCAGAAUGUCAAGGGUCUGCGUACUAUUUAUUUUAAAAAAAUGUUGGUGGCAUUAAUUUAAUAAUUCUUAUUUUUUACCUUCCUUCCCGAAGAAAUUUUUAGUCCUUCUCACCUCCUUCUCCUGCUAGAUACAAAAGAUGUACAUAGUGAUUUUAUGUCCCUAGGGCAUCUGGAAACAUUUCUGAAACCAAGAUACUAUUGAAUACCUAUAUAUUAUUGUUUUUAGACAUGAGUGUAUAUCUGGCUGCAGGGCUGUGUAUGUGGAUAGAGGUGUGUAGUCUUACACUUAAACAAGUAUGCCCCCGAGGUUCACUGGGACCUCGAGUCUUUUGCCAGAAUUUCCCCUUAAUUCACUUCAGCACAGUGGUAGGGUCUGCGUCAGUGGCAUCUCCCCCUGAAUUCCAUUCAGCAGUGAGGUCGACAAUGUGACUGCCAGGCAGGAUUGUCCUGCAGCCAAACCUGAAGCCCAGAAUUUAUGGGCCAGGUAUGAGUCUACAGUGAAGCUGUCAUGGGCUGGCACCUCCACACUGAGUUGCCUUGUCCCAGCUGGCACCUCCAGGGAGUUCUUUGCAAAAUCCCCAGGAUGCAAGAGGCAAAGAUAGAGGCAAUUAGUCAUAAUAAAUCCAGAGAAUGGAAGAAAACCUUAGGGAAGGAGAAGGGGGGAAAUACAUUCCCUGUAUAGGAUGUUCCUACUGUUAACUCUGGGGCAGCAGAAGAGUUCCUCUGGCUGACUCCCUGUAUCUGUGGCUGCAUGGGGACAUGCCCACGUGUGAACAAGAUGAACUGAACUUGUCACACAGGAUUUCUCUGGACAUAUGCUGCUGCUGAGCUGGGAGGCAGUGAGGUUUCAUCCUCCAUCUCCUAAGUACAGGGAGCUCUGCCAUGCCACUUUGACCUUCCUAAACCAGGACUGGUCGCCUGUGGGGGGUUGCACCGAGGUGGCUCAAUGGGAGAAUGUUAGUGGAUGGGACAACCCAGAAUAUGAUCACCAGGACAUAGGAACGACCCCAUCAGAUUUCUUGAGCCAUUUUGACACUUGGAAGAAAAUAGUGUACCUUCAUAUUUAUUUAAAGAGUGCUCAAGGCUAUAUCUAAUAGCAAUAAAUAGGUCUAGCCAAGAUACCACCACCUAUGCUGUUAGCUGGGAGUACUCUCUAUAAGCUGAUUAAGGUACUGAUAGGAAUGUUUUGUUCUUAAUAUUGGUUGGGGAUUAGAACUUUGUUUUUGUACAUUUAUUUUAAGUGAGGAGGAGGUCAUUUUUCUUAAAAAAAAAUGAAUAUUUAUUAUUGUCUUACUGAUACCCUUGAUUAUAUACCUCUCCUCCUCAGCUUGUUCUCAUGUUUUUUCUCUUCCUCUUUGGCUUUUGCUUUUUGCUCUCUCUCCUUUUUUUAUUUUGUUGCAUAGGUAGAGUGUUGUAUGGCUAGCUUUGUAUUGUAUGUAAUUAAUUUUGCACAAAGGCAAACAUUUAGCAUAGUAGGUUAAUUUUGUUUUUAUGACCAUGCCAAAAUAAUAUUCUGGGCUGGUGGAGAACAAAGACUGUUCUUUAGGACCGAAACUUGAUUUUGCUCAUAGUAAAAAAAAAAAAAAAAAAAACGAAAAACACACACACUCACAGAUGUUGUUUCGUAAGUGUUAUAAGCACUGGAUAUAAAUGGUAUUUUUUAUCACUUCUGACUAAUGUGAAACUGUUGUACGAAAACUACAUGAACAAAAGUCAUCUGUUUCGACUCGUGUGGGCUUGCCUCACAGUUGCCGGAUUUGAGUCAUUUUUAUGUCUUGUUAUUUCAUUUAUUUAUGCAAAAUACAUGUGUGUACGAACACUUUGUUUUAGCUCCAGCUCUGCCUCGGUACUGGGGUUCAGUUACUUCUCGCCAUGUUCUUAAAAAUGAAAAGCUAUUCAGGAACGAUCUGACUGUAAACGCCUCUUUCAUUGGAUCAAACAGUAAUGCUGUAUCUGAAUUUAAAUUUUGCCUAUAAGCAGUUUAUUCUAUUUAUUAGCCAAGUUUGGCUCUAAAUAUCCGUGGAAAUUAAGAAUGACAAUCAUACGAUCACUUCAUUGUAUUUUCAGUGGGGCUUAAACAAAGUUUUUAUGACGUUACCAUCUCAUUUUAGAUUUUUUUAAUUGUGUAAAUAUAACAUAGAAAUAGAUUUUAUUUUUGGGUCAUGAAUACUUAGAUAUAAGUUAUGUAUUUCCUGUUUGUUCUCUAUCCAUAUAUGUUGGUCCAAACUAGAAGUUGAUGAGUCACUAUUCUUCAUAGGGACGGUGAAUUUUCAGCUAUAGUGAGAGAGCAGUGUUUGACCUGUCGCUGGGACAGCAGAAUGCUUCACUGGGUUUCCCAUGCCGUUCAGAACCCACUGUCCACAGACCCAAGACUUUUCUCUUUUAUUCACAUAGAAAGUUGAUGAAUUGAACAUAGUAAAUUUACAGUACAUCUAGGAGAGAGUUAAUUUGCUUUGUGAAUUCACAUAACCUUCUACGCUAGUUCUGUGACCACUUAAUAGCAUGAAGCAUGAAUACCAUUAUAAAGGCAAAAAUCUGCCUCUGAGAUUGGCCAUUAAUAAACGUCCCACCAUGCCAGUUAGGUUAAAGGAUGUUAAGCAACUUUUUUUUUUUUUCAGUAUUCCCUAUUUCAUAAUAUCUUCAAAUCAAAAAUAAACAUCAUCUCCACGUUGUUAAAGAAAUUACAGGAUCAGGGGUUAUCCUCGUCACUUUAGAAUAGGGACACUAGCAGAUAGUCCUCUCCUAAAAUAACGGGCCAAAUGGAAUAGGAAGGAAGAAAGGAAGGCAAAGAGAGAAGAAGGGAGAGAGGAAAGGUGGAGCUGCAGACGAGAGCAGCCAGCCUGUCAAUUUCUCUGCUGCUUUGGCAGCAGUGAGAUGUGAGGCAGUAUCUUUUUCCAGGAAGGUACAGAAGCUUUGUCGUUUUCACUGCAUAUCUAGCUCAACCUUUUAGGAGCACAUCAGUUUGCUUCGUUUGCUAUUUGAUACUCUCCAGCCUUGUCCUCAGGCCUGGUUUGAUUUGCCAGGGUCCGGAUAUCAACUCACAGGCCAAGUUCUAUAUUCAGGUGUGGGCUCACAGUGCUGUUGAGCUUCUCAAAUUCUGGCCUUCCAUGAACCAGAGCUCUACGAAAGCCUAGGGGUGUUUGAAAAGGGUGUGAUGGCUCUAGGGCUGAAUUUAAAGGCUGCUUUCUUUUUCUUGUGAAGCCAGGCUACAUCUUUGGAGCACACCCUCCUGAGCCAGGAGCGUAGACUCUAGCUGAAAGCAGGGGUUGUUUGGGGGAGCCCAUCUACCUUAAGUCGGAAAGCAGCCUGGUCACUUGAACAUCACAGCUGAGGCCACUUCUCUCAAUUUAUGCAUUUUGCAAAGAGUUGACCUCUACCAACUCAUCUGGGAAAGGAAAAAGAAUCACCUAGUAGUUUUAAAUUAUAUGAGAAGUCCUGUACCAAGUGCCAACAACUGCAAAGAAAUGCAGCUAAAGGAAUGUAUUGAAAUUAUUUCUGGGUCUUCCUUUUUCAUGAGAAAAUGACAAAAAUGGUUUUUGUAGCCUCGCCUGAUUUUGUACAUGUCUGUCUAAGGAUCAAGUUGGCACUUAAGCUCACUUCUCUAAGUAUAAUAAUAUUGUAUGACCUCAUUUGUCCCUUUACAAAAGCACUUGCAUCAUUUCCUUAAGUCAUCUGCUCCCUGACAUGUUUUCUUCCUUAAUAAACAACUGUUAUUCCUGCCGAUGAUGUUCUGUUUCUGAUGCCAUAUCCUAUUGAGCAUGUUCCUGUGCUAAUAUCAUCGAAAAUAUUGAUAUGCAAACACAUUUCCUUUUCAUCCCCAUCCCAUCUUUUCCUCUGGGGACAGAUGGCUUUCCACAAGCUCCUGAACACGUCUUGGGAAAGCCGGUACCUCUAGGGCAGAGGCGGGAGUGGGUGGGAGGGGCAGAGAGGUAAUGCUUAGCACAGAUCCUCUUUUCAGUGGCAAUAUGAAAGCUGGAAGCAACUCAGUGGCGUAUCUUGCUCAGUAGUUUCUUAUUCCUGAAGAACCACACGCAGAAAGUAAGGCCUCAGUGCUGGUGCUCUUGGAGUAUGGGGAAUGUGCAAAUAUUUAACUGUUGUGUAUGCUGCACGCUGCAGAUGUGCUCGUGUGCAUUCUCCGUUUGUCUUCCUUUGUCAUAUGUGUUUUUGCUUUUUUGAAAGUACAGUCUUUAUGGUACCCUUCUCCAGCUUGUAGCAAAUUAGAAUGCUUAGCAUUUAUGUUCAUUCUUUAUUGUAUUUGCCAUGUAAAAUUUUUAUUACCUUAGACAAGCUUAUAAGCUGUUACUACAUAACUUAUCUUACUGUAACUCUUUUAUUUCCCAACGUUGUAAUUUGUUUGUGAUGUAUAUUGUGAGAUUGUAUUCUAUGUUAAUUUAAUCAGCACAAUUCACUGACAUGCUGGACUGACAUGCUGGCUGCUGUUUCAAAGUGUAAAGUUUGUGUGGGCUGUUGGGACAACUGCAACUCUGUUGUCAAGGUACUGUGCUUUGGUUCCUAUAGCAACACUGUGGGUGUGGCCCUUGAGACUCUAAGGGCACUUCAUACACCCUCCAGCAAAUUUUAAGUGCAGAUUUUCUUUGUAGAAAUUCUAUGUAUAAUGCAGGUACCUACUUGGCCCAUGGCUGGUAACUGUUUGGGCAAUUAGAAAAAAAAAACAAAAACCAUAAAAACUAGUGUCUAUUGCUGCUUUGAAUAUGUUUGAAAGUCUGAAAAUGUAAAUAGUUUAUCAAAAAAAAAAUCUUGUACAGUCCAGUGUAAAGUUUUUAAAUGACCUUAAGGGUCGCCAUCACAUCUUUCUCACACUCUCCUCUUGAUAAUAAUAAUAAAAAAAAGUUUGCUAAGGAUUAAAGAAAUGGGAAAAGUAAAAAAAAAAAAAUCUCUUCAAAUUUAAAGGAAUGAAUCAUUGUUCUUAGCUUUGUUGCAUACACAAACUUCUUGGAUUUCGUUGUGCAGUAUUGAUGUGACAUAAAACUCAACAUUGAAUAAUCUUUCAGUGGUACUUUUCAAAGUCUUCCCCUCCUCUGCCUCAUAAUUAAGGGAAAAGACAAAAUUGAAAGACGCACUGUCUUUAUCUAUCUUGGUGUAUGUUGGCACCUUAGCUACUUUUUUUUUUUCCUUUUUGCACAAGGUGCUUUCCUGAUAUGUUAAACAUGCCAUCUUUGGGUGAUAAUGUAAAUGCCAUGAUGGGGCUCCGGCCCCUCAGGGGAGUGUCUAUAAGAACUGCCUAUUUAUGCUCAUUUACCUCAAGACUGUCCUCUCUACCCUAAUCUAGUUGUCAUCACUCCAUCUUUUGUACUGCUGUUGACACUUACAAAUUAAAGAUAAAUUUUGUUUUAUGA